UCCACGUUACCACUUAAAAAGUCAUUUAAAAAGUCGUUCAUAACUACGUUGACGUUCGGUUUUGAAAGGAAAUAGAUCAUAAAAUUUGGCCCACACAUGGAACUAUCUAGAAUACGAAUCAGAGCGUGUGUUUGGAUAGUUUAAACCUGCCCAUUUUCCGGCCCACCAAUCCGGGUGGUAAAGCAGCGGGACGACGCAAACAACACAGUCAAUACCGCAGUUCGACGAGUAAAGGCGUUAGCAUUAGCAUCAUUUAACUAAAUACCUCGCUGAACUGGUUCAGAGGGAAAAUUACAAUCGCCCGAGGGCAGAAGCGGCGUAAAAUUUACAAAUCGAACUUGUCAGAUUACAGGAAAUCACCCAUAUGUGUUAGACGUCUCAACUGUCAGACGCUUCAAAUAUUCAGUAUAUUGUAUUGAAGUUUUAAAACGUGUCAUCUGAGAAUUAUGGUGACUCUCACAGCUAUUGUAUCUCCUAUCGGUCGUCAACUUCAUCGACAUCUCGUCAAGCAAGCAAGAGCCCAACGCUGGGUACCCGUUCGUAGAUGCAAUCUCACAGCGUGCUCCAGCAAAUAUGUUCUUUCCCAAGUGCAUCCAAUGUGGCAAGAACCCCUUGCCGUCCCGGGGGGUGACCGUCAGUCUCCUAUUGACAUCGUAGUGCGUAAGAGCGUCUUUGACCCGCGUCUCAAGCCGCUGACUCCGCAGUAUGAUCCGAGGACUUGUCAGCAGAUAUGGAACAACGGAUACUCAUUCCUUGUUGAGUACGACGAUACCACUGACAAAUCCACUCUUAAAGGUGGCCCACUGGAGGACCAGUUCAGACUGUGCCAGUUCCAUUUUCACUGGGGGGAGAAUAAUUCGUGGGGUUCAGAGCACACAGUGGAUCGGAGACUGUACCCUGCUGAGCUGCACCUGGUUCAUUGGAACUCUGAUAAGUACAGUUUGUUUGAGGAGGCCGUGAUGGAGGAGAACGGUCUGGCCGUCAUCGGAGUCUUUCUGAAGAUUGGAAAGAGACAUGAGGGGCUGCAGAAGCUGGUGGAUGCUUUACCUGCCAUAAGACACAAGGGAAGCGCUGUUGAGUUCACCAAAUUUGACCCUGCCUGUCUGUUGCCCAAGAACAUUGACGAUUACUGGACGUAUGCAGGGUCCCUGACCACCCCCCCUCUGACCGAGGCUGUGACCUGGAUUGUCAUGAAACAGCAUAUCGAAGUCAGCCAUGAUCAGCUGGCCGUAUUCCGGAGUUUGCUCUUCACGUCGGCUGAGGAGGAGGUGCAGAAGAGCAUGGUCAACAAUUUCCGUGUUCAGCAGCCACUGAAAGGCCGCACGGUCCGCUCCUCUUUCACUCCCUUCCUAAAGGAGGUGCCAACACCCAGUGACAGUCCAAAUACUGCGGUUUAACUUUCACUGACUCCACUUUGAAACACCCAGUUCCCAGCUCCACUUUGUUUUCCCAGUUGCCCUCCGCGAGGCAAAAGUAUCUCUGUCACCAUCAUCAUUUCCAGACAGGUUUGGAUUUUAACUUGACCAGUCAACAGACCGGUGAUUCAUAUGUAAAAACCUCAAAUAGUCAAAUAACAUUGACAUUGUUUAGAAAUAAAGGGAGAACUCAUUUAUCACAGUUUUCUGACACACCCAGCUUUACAAACAAAUCAAGACUAAUACACUAUGUAAACCUUUUAAAUCCUUCAUUCAUCGACAAGGCUAUGAAAGUGAAAUUUGACUUGUGGUGUGAAUAACCAUACUCUAUAAUUAGAUUUUUGAGUCAUCUAUCUUCAUGUCAAGGUGAUGGACUUUUACAGUGGAUGGAUUGUGUAUGCUGUCACCCAGCGUUUCAAGUUGCAAAGAGAAACAGUACCCUCUAGUGAAUAAGAGAGGGAUAACUUGCAAUUAUUUCCAUAAGCCUUGAGGUUGUCAUGGUUACAUUGCUUAAAGUUGGAGGUUUGUAGUCAGAGAACAUGCACAAAGUCAACUGCCCUAGAGAUUCCUUUUAAACUGGAAGCUACACAGUUGUUUUUGACUAUUUUAACACACUUUAUCUUUUUUUUUUUUUAAACUGAGACCAAGAGCUAUAGAGUGUAUCUUCCAGGAAUGUAGCACAAAAUAUCAGUGACACUGCUGUAGACGCCUGUAGAUAGAGACCCUUACAUAACAUUUAUGUAUAUCUUUUACAGAUAUUUUAAACGCCUUAUGAUGCACCGAUACACCGUCCUGGAGCAUGGCUCUGGUGAACUUCUGAAGUUGUUACAUGUAGUUAAUACGCACAAUAGUACUGUCAGGUUCUGGUGUAUUGCACUCAAUAUAUUCAUGUUCUAGAUGAAGUCCAAGUUUUAGCUGGAGUGGCACGUUUCUAAAUGAGACCAUACCUCAGUGCCUUCAGCGUCACUCUUGGUCAUUCAUAUGUGUGUUUACACACACACACACACUCAC